CCCUCUGCAGUGACACAAGUGAUUGGCCCGUCUAUCGUAUCUCACGUAGUAUUCGUUGGAAUGAAAGUUUCUCAUCUCUUUCAUAGGCCGAUGUACAAUGUGAUUGAAUUCAAGUUUGAAUAGAGGCAGCGGUUUCUUGUAACCGCUAUCCAGUCGAGCUUGAGAAGAAAGAAAGUCGUCGCCGGUCGUUGCGCUGGUUUUACCCGAAUCCCUGCACACCGUUCAAGAUCACGAGAAUCACCGAUUAAUUUCUCGCGAGAAAACUUAUUGGUUCGUAAGGCGAACAGACAUGUCACUGACGCGCGAGCAUUAGGUAAUUUUACGAUAGUUUACUCGUAAAGGAUUGUACUUGUGUUGCGACUGUGUGCUGCGACUGAAGGACUGAGUAUAAUAUUGUGAGCUACGAGAUGGAAUCUCGCUUACCAAAGCCAAAAAUUAUAGUAAAGAAGACAAUCAAUACAAUGGAUAUCAAUACUAAUAAUAAGCAACAAGCAGUUAAAAGUGGAGAGAAUGCUGUGAAACCAACAAGUACCAAAACUACAAAUGAGACCAAACCAUUACCUAAGCCGCUUCUAGUUCGUUCAAAAACAUUAACUACAUUUACACGGACAAAUAAUAUAAAGCCUAUUAAAAGAACAGCUACCACAGUUACUACUGUAAGUGAAGCAAAGAGACCAUUUGUUAAACCCAAAGCAUUAGUGAAUAGGCCUAAUGCAGUCAACAAUAAUGCAACAAACAAAGGAAAUCAGAAUGAUGCGGGCAAGAUACAAAAAUGGGAUUUGAGAGGUCGAUUAGCACAGGCAAGUGAUAAACUAUCACUUGCACAACAGAAGAAUAAGGACAUAGAGACAAAGUACAAUGAGCUCAAAGAGUUAACUGAUACUCUCAAAGCUAGCGAAGCUGUAUGCAGAGCCAAAGCUGAACAACUUGAGAUUUCUAAUAAUACAUUAAGCAAUGAACUUGAAACUUUAAUGGCAGAAAUGUCUGUGAUGCGACAGCAGCAAGCAGAUUUAACAAAACGUCUAAAAGAAUCUGAAGAAUCAUGCACAAAUGUUUCUCACAUGUUGAAGGAACUUCAAGAAAGACAUGGUGAACAAAAAAUAUUGCUUUCUGAACAGAAUGGACAGUUAACAACUCUGAGAACUGACUUGGAGUUACAGAAGAAAGUAAACGAGGAUUUGAAUACUGUGAGAGAUGAGUUGCAGACUUUGACUCAUAAGAUGGACAAAGAACGUAGAUUACUGCACAACACUAUACAAGAAUUGAAAGGUAAUAUCAGAGUCUUUUGUAGAGUUCGCCCUAGAACUCCAAAGGAAAUGGAACUUAUGAAGAUAACAUGUAGCAUAAACUUCCUAGAUGACUGCACUAUUGAAAUAGGCAAGUUGGAUGGAUCAGAUGUGAUAACUUAUAAUGGAAAGCAACGGGGCAUGAAGCAAGAAUUCUCAUUUGAUAAAGUGUUUGCACCUAAUGCAUCGCAAGAGGAUAUAUUCGAGGAGUUGUCUCUUUUGGUACAAUCUGCACUUGAAGGAUAUAACGUUUGUGUGUUUGCUUAUGGCCAAACUGGCUCUGGCAAAACAUACACUAUGGAAGGAGAAUACACUCUGGAGACUGAAGGAAUGAUACCUAGAACAGUACGACAUAUAUUUAAAGAAAUGAAGCAGUUUGAGCUCCUUGGCUGGCAUUAUCGGAUAGAAGCAAGUUUCCUGGAAAUUUACAAUGAACACAUUGUUGAUCUUCUCGAUUCUCAGCCGAAGACACAUGAGAUACGAAUGGUCGAUAGUAAAGGACAAGAUUUAUAUGUCAGCAAUCUUCGAGUAGAAGAGAUACACAGCCCAGAUGAGUUGCAUAAAUGUCUUCGAACUGCGCAAUGCAAUCGAGCUGUUGCAGCUACUCAAUCAAAUGAACGAUCAUCCAGAUCACACUCAGUGGCGCGAAUACGAUUAAUCGGUACGCAUGUUACAAAACAAGAAGUAUCGGUGGGAAAUUUGAAUCUUGUUGACUUAGCUGGAUCCGAACGUUUAAAAAGCGACGAAGCAGCUAGGACCACAGAAACAAAAAAUAUUAACAAAUCGCUAGCGAAUCUCGGUAAUGUCAUUUUAGCACUUUUAAAAAAACAGGAACAUAUUCCCUACAGAAAUUCUAAAUUGACUCAUCUACUCAUGCCUUCUCUGGGAGGCAAUUCGAAGACUCUGAUGUUGCUAAAUAUAUCUCCGUUAGAUGAAUGUUACAAUGAGACAUUGAAUUCAUUGAGAUUCGCCAGCAGUGUUAACAAUUGUAAGACUGGUAAUAUUAAAAGAAGCCGAAUGCUCUUAACAAAUAAUAGUAUUUAGAAAAAGCAUUUGCUUCUGAGUAAGAAUAUUCUAAUUUUAUAUAUUUGUUUUACAUAUUUUGAUUUGUGUGUGGUAGAUAAUUGUAAUUGCAGUGUCAAUGUAAAUAAUUUAAAAAAGAAUAUAUAUCCUUGGGUAGAUGGAAAAUGCACAAUUAUGUAAUAUUGUCUUGGAAGAAGAAAGGAAAAUCUGCUUAGAACUAAGUUUUCGUCUAACCUACCAUUCAAUCGUAACACAUGACACAUAUAAGGUUAGCCAAUUUAUUGGUCACUGCAAAAGCCUGCAAAGAUGCGUU